AUGUGGCUCUAUUAUUCUAUUCGUCACGUCAUCUGUGUAUUAGUGCUGUUAAACGCGUGUGAUGCGUUUUUCGGCUUGUUUGGCGACCUUGGGGAUACUACCACGCUUGUUGGCACGAGAUGUCAAGACGCGGCAAGCAAAAAAACACUGGCCUGCGAAGUCUAUGGAAACGUCUCCUUGCAUAAAUGGACCUCGUCCAACAUCUACAAACUUCGAGAAGACAUGGAAAAAUUUGUCGAAUUGUCGGAGAAGCUUUCCAAGCUUAUCGUGGAAACUAGAAAGAAUGGGACUGCGCUCGACAAUGUAGAGCCCGAAAUGGUGGUCUUUGCCGGCUUUUGGAACCUUGGCAGCCACGAUCUGCCUAUCGACAAAUAUUUGGUCACCGACGGCUUGCGAUCCGAGAAGAACAAGCGGCUCCACGAAAAUCCGAAAUUUUUCCUAACGGGACUGUAUGAUAAAAAAGGCAAAGAGCCUCAAUAUUUGGAGCAACAGUGCAUGGACCGCCAACCGGAAGAAAGCUUGAAGGGUCUUAUCGACGAAAUGCUCGAUUGUGCGCCGCUUGAACCCGUUCACCUCAACCAAACCGAAAAAUUGCUCGACCUGUUUUCGCUGCUUGAAGACCACGAGAAAUGGGGAGGGGCACCAUCAGCUGAGGAGGACGAUGGAUAUGAAGAAUAUAAACAACGUUUUAUUCUGAGCGCUACCGAGCGCAGGGACAAAACGGAUGACCAGUUCAAGGCCGGCGUCGAAUCGGCGGCCGCUACGUUGAUGAGUUGGGAAGGUCUAGGCCGGGAAACAACGCUACGGAAGCUCAUUUACAAGACUCGCCAUUUUGAAAAGAGAAACGAUUCGCGUUUCUGCGUGCUGGACCAGGUGAAGCCCGCCCACAUGCUCGAUGACGAAUAUUUUAUGGAAACCGCCCGUCAAACCAUCAAAGACGUCCAGUUGAUGUUCCUCGCUACCGAAAUCUGCCGCCACGUGGCCCUCGAUGGCGGUAUGGAAAAUGUGAAGCCGCAUGGGUUCGUCGAUAUAGGAAUACCGGCUCGCCAGGCAAUUCGCACGAUCGUCAAUCAUACCCAGGCCAAAGUUGCUUACAACUUGGAGAAGAGAAAGCUGCGACGUCUGCAACGUUUCGGAAGCGCCUCAAGAUCCCAC